UGGUGGGCUGUCUUGCAACGAAUUGACUCCUACCACACAUAAAAAUGCUCAACACAGGGAAGCUGGCGGGCCGCGUGAUCUUCAUCACGGGCGCCAGCCGCGGCAUCGGCAAGGAGAUCGCGCUGAAGGCGGCCCGCGACGGCGCCAGGAUCGUGGUGGCAGCCAAGACAGCUGACCCACACCCCACACUUCCAGGCACCAUCUACACGGCCGCCAAGGAAAUCGAGGCGGCCGGUGGCCAGGCCCUGCCCUGCGUGGUGGACGUCAGGGACGAGUCGGCCGUCCAGGGCGCCGUUCAGGAUGUGGUGCGGCAGUUCGGCGGGAUCGACGUGGUCGUCAACAACGCCUCGGCCAUCAGCUUGACCGGCACCCUGGAGACGUCCAUGAAGAAAUACGACCUCAUGCACAACAUCAACACCCGCGGAACCUACCUCGUGUCCAAGUGCUGCCUGCCAUACCUGAAGAAGGGCCAGAACCCGCACAUCCUCAACAUCAGCCCGCCGCUCAACAUGAACCCGCGCUGGUUCCGCGACCACGUGGCCUACACCAUGGCCAAGUACGGCAUGUCCAUGUGCGUGCUGGGCAUGGCGCAGGAGUUCAAGGCGGACGGCAUCGCCGUCAACGCCCUCUGGCCCCGCACCGCCAUCAUCACGGCGGCGAUGAAGAUGCUGGGCGGCCAGUCGGUGGACGUGCAGUGCCGCAAGCCCGAGAUCAUGGCCGACGCCGCCUACGUCAUGCUCACCCGCGACAGCCGCAGCUACACGGGCCACUUCGCCAUCGACGACGAGGUGCUGCGGGACGUGGGCGUCACCGACCUCGCCCAGUACGCCGUCGACCCCAAGGCCACGCUGCUGCCGGACUUCUUCCUGGACGAGGCGCUCGACGACAGCGUGAAGGAUACGUUCGUGCAGCAAGGCGGACAGCUGAAGUUCGACGGCGGCAAGGAGAAGGCGGAGGCCGCCGCCCCGGCGGGAGACGGCAAGAUCGCCAAACUGUUCGGCACGAUCGAGGGCUUCCUCAGCGAGGAGAUCGUGCAGAACACGAACGCCGUGUACCAGUUCGAGGUGUCAGGCGAUGACGCCGGCCAGUGGUUCCUGGACCUGAAGAACGGCAGCGGCUCGUGCGGCCGCGGCCCCGCCUCCUCGCCGGACGCCACCUUCAAGAUGAGCAGCGACGACUUCCUCAAGAUGUUCGCUGGCAAGCUGAAGCCGGCGGCGGCCUUCAUGACCGGCAAGAUGAAGCUGUCCGGAGACAUGGGCAAGGCCAUGAAGCUGGACAAGCUCAUGGGCAAGCUCAAGUCGAAGCUGUAGACGCGGGCGGAGACUCAGGACCUCCGGCAGUCGUGCGGUGGCGGGCCCAGACCACGCCAGUCGGGCACACCGCCGCCGGCUGUCCGCAGUACAUACAGUGCGCCCCGUGCAAAUCGACCAUAGACCGCGCGAGGCGACACUGUUUUUGUAAUAAUGAACACUCACGGGCUCGGGGGCGAGACCGGCCGGUGCGUAGGAGGCGUGCACAUAUUUUGUUACUCUGUACAAGGAUCAGCAUGAUGGCCCGCAGGGUGGCCGAAUGCACCAGGCUCACCACCCCAAUGCCAGUGGAUGGAAUCAGUGCGUGAAUGCUUACUUCCUGUUGGUAGUGUGUGCUAGCGUUGUCUAUCUCGGGAUGGCUGUGGCAACUGGACCGCCCAGAUUAUUUAACCUCUGUGUAAUGAAUUAACUGUACCGGGUCACUUGUUCACCUGCCAGAUGACUGCAAGGUUAAUAUCUGGUGCGCUGAGCUUGGUGUGAACACUACUGAUUGCCUUUGCGCACGACAAAUUUCCCGUUGUUGGAUCGUGGAGAUGAGAUUCUUGUAUGCAGUUGUCAGUUACCUGUAUGUGUGGGUUAGAAAUCAGGACGUGUGUUGUGCUGAAAUGUGUCGUUGGGGAAAGACCAUAAUAUGCAGGUCUGGCAUCAGAAACAAUGCAAUAUAGGCAACUUGAUCACGCGUGCACGUUUGAAUGUUAUAAAACUGGUAUUGU